GGCGACGGGAGCCGCUUGGGAUCAAACGCGCUUCCGCCCGCCGCUGCCAUGGGGUCGCGGGAGCCGUGCCGCCGGUUGGAGGCGGUGCUCGGUGCCCUCUAUGACCUGGGUGAGGAGACCGGUGCUCGGCGCGCCGCGGAGGACAGCGGCGUGAGCGCAGGGGCGGCGGCCGCGGAGGAGAGCCGGGAACCGCAGCUGGCGGUGGGCGGGCGGCGCCGGGCCCGCGACUUCUUCGGGGAGCUGCGGGCGGAGCUGGGCGAUGCCGCCGCCGUCCCGCCGCCCUCUGCCGCGCCGCCGGCUGUGGAGGUCGUGGUGUUUCGGGGCAGGAAGAAGAAGGGGCCCCCGGCGCCCCCCAUCGGCGGUACCCAGACCAAACCAGUGGAUGAAGAGAAAAAUGCAGACAAACAAGAAUUUAACUUUGAAAAAGCUCGUCUGGAAGUGCACAAGUUUGGAAUAACUGGCUACAAGAAGCAGGACCAACGCAUAUGGGAACAGGAGCGUGCUAUCAUGCUGGGAGCUAAGCCCCCAAAAAAGGAACAUUGGAACUACAAGACUUACCAAAAGAAAAUGAAAGAGGAAAAACCAGCAAAGGAUGAUGAUAAGGGAAAGCAGGAACGUAAAGGUGAUACUCUUAAGAAGAAGAAAGAACAGAAGGAGAGGAAGGCCAAAAGGAAGAAAUCAGUGCCUAGCAUUUGGCCUGCAGGACAAGUCGGAAAAUUCAGAGAUGGGACCUUGAUUUUGCAAAGCCGUGAUAUAAAGAAGAUUAAAUCAUCUAAAGUUAUCAAAUGAACUUACAAUACAGAGUAAAAUGGACAAUAUGCAUAAGAGAGAAUUCACGUUGCUACCAACACAGACUUAUUAAGCCUCUCACCUUCCCACUAUUUUUUACCUUAUUUGUUGUUGCAGGGUUUUCUAUAUUCCAUUCUGCCUUGGGAAGAAUAUGAGAAUGCACCAUUUUAUAAAUAAAAAUAAGACUUUAUUAAGAAUGUAA